AUGUCGAGCUGGUUAAAUAAUAUAGUUGAUAAUUUGUCAUCAAAAAAACCUUCAACGGAUCAGCCUAAGGCCGAUUCCGGCAAAUCAGGAUGCCACAUAUACGCGAUAGUUGUUAUGAGACACUACGCAGCAAAAGAGGCGUGUAGACUAUCAGCGGAAUACGAUUUUAGUCCACUACCAGUAUAUAUAGCAAAAAUAUCACGAGAAGUUACAGAUUUAGUAUCAAGAACGUGUGCCCAGGAAGCGUUUCCAGAUCAAACAAAGGGCGUUGAUAUGGAGAACAACAUGGGAACGUUCUACGUCAAAGCAACCAAUGUACCACCUCCAAAUCAGCUGGUGUUCGUUGUGGCAGUAAACAACGAGUGCACGCGAUACCAGGCACUUCAGUUCCUGCACGAAGCGAUGCAGCUAUACAAGCCGGUUGGAAAUUUACUAAAGGACAAUGUUGGCGAAGCACUAGCACACAAAGAAUUAAGAGAACUGAUGAUGAAGUAUAAGGGCAAAAAGGACGUGUUACUUGACGCACAAAAGAAAUUGGACGAGACCAGAAUGAUCGUCAUGGAUACGUUGGAUGGCCUCAUAAACAGACAGGGGAACCUAGAUGAACUUAUCGCAAGGAGUCACGACAUGACGCAGAGCACUGCGAGGCUGAUGAGGGACGCUAGAAGGAGAAAUAGCUGUUGUAACAUAAUGUGA